GAAUAGCAGAAGUCUCCUCGGACGUCCUCCUCCAUUGCAAUGUUCUCGAGGCUCUCCUCCAGGAGCUUGGGAGCUUCUGCUAGGCUGCUGAACAGACAAGUUAACGUACAGGUUCGACUCGCUUCCUCUCAAGCCUCAACCCGUGCUCCCUUGUCCAGCAAUGCCCUUCCCAUAACCUUCGCUCUCGUCUCUGCAGGCACCAUCGCUUGGUACACCCACCUUUACGGCUCUCUUCCCUUCCUUCCCGAAGCGAGCGCGAACACUCCCGCUGAGGACGGACUGCAUGCUUCUCACUAUCCUUGGGAUCACCAAGGGUUCCUGAACACUUUCGAUCAUGCAAGCAUUCGCCGCGGUUACCAGGUGUAUCGUGAAGUGUGCGCUGCCUGCCACUCCCUCGAUCGCAUUGCAUGGCGCAAUCUUGUCGGUGUAUCGCAUACCGUAGACGAGGUGAAGGAGAUGGCUGCAGAGGUUGAAUAUGAGGAUGGUCCCGAUGAUAACGGCGAGAUGUUUCAACGGCCCGGAAAGUUGGCCGAUUACAUGCCCAAGCCGUAUCCAAACGAGGAGGCCGCUCGUGCAGGCAACGCUGGUGCUCUCCCUCCGGAUCUGAGCUUAAUCAUCAAGGCUCGGCAUGGUGGUUGUGAUUAUGUCUUCUCCCUCCUCACCGGAUACGUUGACCCCCCUGCCGGUGUCGAGAUCCGUGAAGGCAUGAACUACAACCCAUACUUCCCCGGUGGUGCCAUCUCCAUGGCCCGCUUGUUGUUCGACGGUCUCGUUGAGUACCCCGAUGGUACCCCUGCAACCACGUCCCAGAUGGCCAAGGAUGUCGUCACCUUCUUGAACUGGGCAGCAGAGCCGGAACACGACACUAGAAAGAAGAUCGGCAUGCAAGCCGUGAUCAUCCUCUCCGCCCUUACCACCAUCAGUCUCUACGUCAAGCGCUUCAAGUGGAGCCUUAUCAAGAGCAGGAAACUCUUAUACAAUCCUCCAAAAUAAUUGCGUGAUUAGGGGGGGCUUUCCUACAAAAUUAUUAGCGCGAAUAAAAUUCACCUGUAUUUCCUGCUUCUGGUCUAACCUUCGGGCCUAAAGUACAUAUUCGAAAC